AUGUUAGUGUUUCCGGCUUGGAGAUCGGAUUUGCCCCGGGACGGGUGUAGGGUGCCAAGGUGGAUGCCCGCUGAAAGAUUCGCGCCUUAUUUCGCGAGAACUGUAGCUUUGCCGCCACAUCCACCACAGUUGGAAGAUGAUGAUUCGUCUGGUGGAUCGUCCCCUGACAGAACCUCUACCGACACGGUUGAGAAUGCGGAGGGAGUGUGCCAGUGGCGAGGGUGCGGCGCGCACUUCCCGAGCGUGGCACGCCUGUCCGCGCACGUCGCACGCGCACAUGCGCUUGCACACAGAGAUGGACUCUUCUACUGCGGGUGGAAGGGAUGCACAAGACCACAAAGAGGAUUUAAUGCACGAUACAAAAUGCUGGUCCACGUGCGAACACACACAAACGAACGUCCACACACCUGCAACCAGUGCAAUAAGAGUUUCUCCAGAGCAGAAAACUUGAAAAUUCACCUCAGGUCACAUUCUGGAGAGAAGCCCUACGUUUGUCCUUAUGAGGGUUGCGGCAAGGCAUAUUCAAACUCCAGCGACAGGUUCAAGCACACAAGAACACAUGCUGUAGAGAAGCCGUACUGCUGCAAAGUCCCCGGCUGCAACAAGCGAUACACAGAUCCGUCCAGUCUGAGGAAGCACGUCAAGACAUACAAACAUUAUACAGCAGAACAAAAGGCACGCCAGGAGUCAUCGGAUGAAGUUUACAGCCCCGAAACGUACUCACCUACAAAGGAAAAUAGCUCUUCGUACACAGUUAUAGAGCCCACAUCACCGCUACACGCCAGCAGAGCGUUCAACGUGCCCGUCAGCUCUCUAUCCCCGACACUACCGACAUACCCGCCGAUGCUGGCAGACACCUCCGUCCCUGCAACCAUGCCGUACUCUCCCAUGGAACAAGUCACCUACAUCAGGCCACUUGAAACCCUCUACCCAGUGAGAAUCCCAACAAAUGAGAUGUCCUACAUGGAGUACACACAAAUGUAUGAGCAUGCGUACAGAAACUACUACUCCAGCACACUCUCCUACCCACCAUUGGGACCAAGUAUUAGUGACAAAGUAUUUACUUAUGAGGAACAGCCUCGCCUUGAAGAAGUGCCCGUCAAGAAAGUGGCGGAGAGUCCCAAAAUGUACAAUCCAAUGGACGAGGACAUGCCUCUAAACCUUAUUUGCUCAAAACGACGAGAUUACAAAACUAUUGAAGAACUAGUCAGACGCACAGACUUACCUUUAGAUUUAAGUACUAAAAGUUAA